GAUUACGUGGCUUAUCGAUGGAGCAAUAGAGCACUUGUUCAUCUGAGUUGUGUAUCUGACUAUACAAUUCUAAAAAUAUCGAUAGAUAGAAAUAAAUGUUAGAAUCGAUAUAAAUGUUAGAAUCGCUGAGGAUCUACUCGUUAUUUCGUUUCAGAUAUUGGAAUAUAUAGAAUCCAAUAGAAUUCUUUCAACUACAUGACGUUUCUGUGAGUAACGAAUUUAACUAUUGGGGGCGUUCGCUGACCAUUACUACAUACUACUUGACGGCUCUCGUAUGUGUCCAGCAUUGCAUUGUAAGAAGGAAACAUUGUUUUGAACCUGUGUGCAGCAAAACUCGUCACUGUACAAAAAUGACGUCCCGUCUAGAAAAAGAACGUUCCAAGCAAAUACAAGAGAAAUGUCAAAAUCUUUUGAUAGAAAUGUUACGCGAUGAGGAUAAUAAAUAUUGUGUCGACUGCGAUGCAAAAGGACCACGGUGGGCUAGUUGGAAUUUAGGUAUAUUUUUGUGUAUUCGUUGUGCUGGAAUACACAGAAAUCUUGGGGUUCACAUAAGCAAAGUAAAAUCUGUUAAUUUGGACACAUGGACGCCAGAACAAGUAGUGAGUUUACAACAAAUGGGCAACUCCCGUGCAAGAGCAGUUUAUGAAGCAAAUCUUCCCGAUAGUUUUCGAAGACCUCAAACAGUCUGUAGUCUUGAAAGUUUUAUUCGUGCAAAAUAUGAACAUAAAAAGUAUAUAGCCAGAGAAUGGGUGCCACCUCCUUUGCCAAAGGUUAAUUGGGAUAAAGAGCUUGAUGAAGAAGCAGAAAGACAACGUAGAAGAAAAAAGGAAAAUUCUAAAACUUCGAAUAAUCAAGCUAUACUUCCACCUGUAAAAAAACCAGAAGUAGUGCCUCAGUUGCCAAAACCUAAAAGUUCUAUCAGUCCUAAACCUAAUAGAGCAACUAAUUCUGCAACUCUAGACUUAUUAGGCUUAGAUGCUCCAACAACAAAUCAAACAAACAUGAAUGGUGCUGGAGAUGACAUAUUUUCUUCUUUUUUAUCUGCACCUCCAGCUUCAGUAUCUUCAACAAAUAGUAGUAUUUCUAAUACCACAACAAAUGCAUCAACAACUGUUAGUAAAAGUGAAGAAGAAAGUUUUUUCGAUCAAUCAGCACCAUCACCUCAAGAAAAAAAUAAAAUGUCCAAAGACAGUAUUUUAGCCUUGUAUGGUACAUCAAGUAAUCAACAAUCAACAAUGUUUGCAGUUCCUGGCGGAAUGUAUGCUCAACAGUCUAACGUACAGUAUAAACAAAUACCAGCCCUGGUACCAUUUGGUCAACAAACUAGUUUUCCAAACCAACAAAAUUCCUUAACUCAACUUAAUCAACUUUCCACUCAGAUGUCUGUUACAUCUAAUCAAUUACCUAUCAGUCAGAAUCAAAUUACAGUGAAUUCUGCUUCAUUAGGACCAGUGGCAUCAAAUUCCUUAGGAAACUGUAUACAUGUAGGUCAGAUAAAUCAGAUGAAUGGUGUACCUAAUCCUGCCAUUACAAUGCAAUCCCAAAUGGUGAUGCAGUUAGGACAGUCUAAUAUUAAUAGUAAUAAUGGUUGGAGUGGAAUGUUAACACAAAAUCUUCAACCAGCUCCUGGUAAUAAUCCUUUUUUUAAUUUAACGUCUCAACAACAGCAACAAUCUGUUGCAUUUGGCUCUCAGUUACCACAACAAAUGGCGCAGUUGUCUUUAGGUGGCACGAAUUUUUCGAAUACUCCAGGAAAAUCUACUGCUACAACUGGACUUCCCGGACAAACACUUUCCACCAAUUUAUGGCAGUAAAAGUUUUAUGAAUAUUAUUAGUUGAUUGAUUAUUCCAUUCAGUGUUGUACACUAGUGUCGAAUGUUCGUUAUCCAAUAUGAUUAUAUUUCCACAUUAAAGUGGAAAUUGCUCUGGGAUAUAACACAACAAAGACACAAACAGAGAGUACUCGAAUACUGUCAUUCUCGAAAAAUAAUUCAUAAAUGAAUACAGUAUUUUGAGCUUAAAAAGUUUUUCUUUUAAAGCUUUGCUAGCUUUCAACAUUAUUGUUGGAAAAAUGGGAACUACAAAUAAAAACGAAUUUUUGACUGAUUGUGAAGAGUUAUUCGUGACGUACAGUAUAUAUGUAUUUGACAAUGUAAUUGUAUUAUUUGCUAAAAAUGGGUGCUUUUAUAAUCAUGACGAAUGUAUGUCAGGGUCCACUUUCAUUAUAGCAAAAAAUUUCAUUAUACUUAAACAAGUACAAGCAUCUUUAGUACAAUAAGCGUAUUUUGCGAUAUAGUUCAUUUUUACCCCGAAAUAUAAAGAAAAAUCAGAUAUAUAACAGUUUUCACGGAGUAUUAAAGUUCUUUGAUAAAUUGUAUAAAGGCUAAAUUACUUAAAAAGUAACUUCUCAUUUUGAAAGCAGACUUAUUUUUUAGCAUAAUGUUGCAAUUUUUGUAUGCAAUCAAAAUGUAUUAAACGUUUUAAAUGUUUGAUAAUAGUUACUUUUAUGUAUUAUUGACUUAUAUUAUUCUAUUAAUAUUGACUUAUUUACAAUUGCAUAUUGAAUUAUGUAAAAACUGAAAAAAAAUCUGUUUUUGUGUUUAAAAAGUUAGCUAUAAUAUUGUUUGUACUUGAGUAGUGUGUUGCUUAGAAUACUAAACUGCAACGUUGAUUAUAGAUUAAAGAACAUUUUAGACUUUAAUAUUCUUGAGCAAGUAUUAUUAAUACUUCUUACCAAAAUGCAUUUAGUGUUUUUGUUAAUUUAAGGCAGAGACUUAACAAACUGAACAUAUUAUCUACAUCUUGAUUCUCCUAGUACUACAGAAACUUAUAAUUUCAAAUUUUAUGCAUAUUAUAGUUGAAAUAUUAUAGUUGAAAUAUUUUAAUUAUGAUAAUAUUUUAAUAUUGAUUGUUUGAUGAUAAUUAAUUAAAGUAAUUGCAUAUUUGCUUGUUGAGAAGUUAUAUAUUUAUAAUAUGAUAAAUAUCGAAAACAAUAAGUUUUAAACAUAUCUGUCACGUUUAUGUUUUAUUGUAUUAAAUUUCCUUAUUAAAUAAUAUAUUGAUCAUGCAGUUGAAAAUAAAAUGCAUGAUAUAAAUGUAAAAAUUUGUUUUCAUAUUAUAAAUAAGAAUGAACUAUCAUAUGAUUCAAAUUAAACCAAGAACAAUUAGACCUUGCAUUGAGAAAAUUUAACACAUAUAUAAGUACAAAUACAAGUUGUCAAAAUAUGAGAAAUUUAUAAUAUUAAUAUAUAAUUAUAUAUUAUAAUAUAUA